AUGACAGAACGCGCUAAAUACGCUUGCGAUAAAUGCCGCGCCCGCAAGGCCACCACUGACAAACAGGCCGCCUGCUCUCGCGAUACUCCAACCUGCCGCCGUUGUCGCGAAGAAGGACAAGAAUGCUCGUAUUCACGUUCCGGCGUGAUUAGGCGCAGCAAAAAGGGGAAACAAUCUCGCAUCUCUUCUCAGUCUGUUACCGGCGUCUCUUCUCAUCCUGGCUCUCGUGAGGUCUCCCCCGAUGGCCAGUCAUGCGGGCUUCGACAACCAAACGACCAGAUGACUGGGUCGACACACGAGCGGCUGCAGCUGCUGGCUGGGCGGGAUUGUCCUGCGCUGAAAGCCAUUGCUGCCCUGUUGGAAGAGUACACGGCGACAUGGCAGGGUUCGGCGGCGUUCGACUCGCUGGCCGAGGGGAGUCCAACGGCUUUCUUCUUGUUUGAUGGUGACGAAGCCCGUCAAUGGGUGGACACCUUCAUAAAGAUUCUCCAGAAAGAACAACUGCUAGUCACCUCCCCACCCUCCGAACUGCUGGCGAUACCAUCGCACCCGGACCAGGUGGAUCGCACCUGGCUGGUCAUGUUCUACAGCAUCACCCUGCACACCGCAGCCAACCUAGAUGACUCGACAAGAGGAAAAUUGAAGGGAAACCUGUGGCUGGCCUUUAAUGACGUCCGUCUCCUGCUCGAGCCAAACGUGCUGAGCAUCCAGGCGUUGGUGCUCAUGGCCUGCUACGCCGAGCAGUUCAUGACCCCGUCCCUCUGCUGGUCGCUGGUCAACAAAGCGUGUACCAUGCUACAGGCCUUGGGAAUCACCCACUGGCGGCUGGAUACCGCUACCCGUGAACGACGCAUCCUGGUCUUCUGGCGACUGAACAUCAUGGACAAGUCUCUCGCUCUGAUUCUAAACCGCCCGCCGGCCUUUCAUCGCCAACUCGUCAAGGAGAUUCCCAUGCCCACCCUCAAUCAAUUAUUGACCAUCUCCUCCCCCUCCUCCUCCCCCUCCUCUAUCCCUGCUCUCUUCAGCGCGCACUACAUGCACCAGAUGCAUCUGCUGUCGGUCGUCAUGGCAGAUCUCUGGCACUGCAUGUUCGGACGGGAUUCAAGCGACGCGGACAGAAUCAAAGAGAACCUCGACUCCUGGUAUCGUCAGGCCAGAGAGGUCCUCGAAGCAGCGGCGACGGCCGAGAAACCCCUUCUGAACGAAGAUGGCAUCGCAGGCGUUGAGCUCAGCCUGCAGACCUUCCAUUUGUACUAUUAUUACCUUCUGGUCUAUUUGACCGUGUCGGCCAAGCAUCUCCGGACCAAUUGGACCAGCUCUGCCUUGAAGAUGCUCUCAUUGACAAAAGCCACCACAAACACCAUAACUAUACCCGAACCGUAUCCCUCCCUGCUCUGGCCACGCAUUCACUGCCCGCUGACUGCGUUCGGUACCCUCUGGGGUGAAGCCGUGGUGAAAAGUCACUCGCAGCCCGAGCAGAGCCAGCGCGCCCUUGACGCCAUCCAGCAUUUCCCUGCCUUUCUAGCAACCCUGGCUUCGAGAAAUCCCACCAUCGCCAAGUUGGCGGGCAUCACGGAACGUAUUCUCGAAGAGGUGAAAAAUGCUGUUGACGAUAAAAAUGAGUCGGAAGCAGUGCCAGAAAUCUCCUUCGAGGAGCAGCUGAACGGUUUAUUUGCAGAGGACGCCUUCGAUACGCUUGACUGGUUUGCGUGGGUGGAAUGA